UAUCUAAGUGGAAGACAAUUUCCGCCUUUAAAUUAUAAUCUCAAAAGUGCAACGUAACGACCAAAAAAAACACUGAUAAGCGACAUCUAGUGUGCUUUGUCAAAACAACUGAGACAAACCCCUUGUUAAAUUCUAACUUGCCAUCUAGUGACAAACAACGACACUACUUAACAAGCAUCGAUAAAUUCAAUUGAGUGGAAGAAAAAGUACUGUACGUAUCCAAUAGAGUUCAGUAAAAUAAAAAAUAAAAAUUAUGGAAGAAAUAAAAGACAUGUUCUUGAGUUUGCAACAAGACAUAAAACAACAAAAAGAAGAUAUGGUAAAGAUGAAGGAAGACAUCAAAAACAUAAUAGUUAACAGCCUUGCCGAGAAGUUAAGCAGCUUAGAACUUAAAAACGAGCUUUUAGAACAAAAAAUUGAAGAACAAAAUAGAAAGAUGAACAACUUAGAAAGACAGUCUAGACGCAAAAACUUGGUCAUGUUUGGUGUAGAAGAGCGCGAAAACUCAUACCACGAACUUGAAGAAAUGAUAAUCAGCAUAAUAAAUACAAAUUUUAAAGUAUCCUGCGAAACUAACAGCAUUGAAGCAGUACGUAGGUUGGGAAAAAAGGGAGAGAAGACCAGACCAGUAGUAAUAACGUUCAACACAUUAGGAUUAAAACUAAAAAUUCAGAAAGACAAAUAUUGUUUACAAAAAACCGCAUACUACAUAAAAGAAGACUAUCCAAUUGAAAUCUUAAAAAAGCGCAAAGAGUUGCAAGCCCAGUUAGAGAGGGAAAAAGAAGCAGGAAAUAGAGCAAUUAUAAGAUAUGACAAACUUAUCAUACUGAAUAAAAAACAUUCUCCCCGCAAUCAACCAAACAAGAGAUACCUUUCCGAAUCCCCGGAGACACCUAUGACUGCUAGCCAAGAAACUCAACACGUUGAAAAACAACCUUUGAAGAAAACCAAAGCGAGGAACAUGAAAAGCUACAUAACACAGACGCCCAAACUAGUAUUCGCCCAGAAAGAAGCACCUCAAAACCAAACAAAUACUUCCAAGGAUAAUGCAAAAUAGCAAUCAACACUAGAACUCCCACCCACAUAUCAUCUCCCAAUACGGCCGGUCACCGCGGGAGAGUUAGACCAAAACCCACUAAGGGAAACCACUUUAAAGAACAAUACCUUCAGCACCUUCAAUAUCUGCACCUUCAAUGUAAAAUCAUUAGCUUCCGAAUUAAAAUUUAUAGAGCUUAAGGCAGCGUUACAAGGCAUCAACCACGAUGUAAUAGGACUGUGCGAAGUCCGCCGCUUUGGUGAAAAGAUAAUCGAAGAUGACAAAUACAUUAUGUACCACAUAGGCCAAACCAAAGGACUGCACGGGGUAGGCUUCCUAAUCAAGAAGAUACACAAAGAAAAUAUCAUAUCAUUCACAGGUAUAUCUGAGAGAGUGUGCAUACUAGAAAUCGUGCUAGAAAAGAUACG